UCUGAAAUGGCUGACCAGCUGACCCCUGAGCAGGUUGCAGAAUUCAAGGAGGCUUUCUUCUUGUUUGACAAGGAUGGUGAUGGUACCAUUACUGCCCAAGAGCUGGGGACGGUCAUGAGAUCCCUGGGGCAGACCCCUUCAGAUCAAGAGCUACAGGACCUCAUCAAUUCAGCAGAUGUAGAUGGCAAUGGUCUUAUUGAUUUUUCCGAAUUCUUGACCAUGAUGGCUAAAAAAAUGAAAGACGCUGAUGUGGAAGAAGAAAUCCGUGAAGCAUUUAAGGUGUUUGACAAAGAUGGAGAUGGGUCCAUCAGUGCUGCCGAGUUGCACCUAGCCAUGAAAAACCUAGGGGAGAAAUUAACAGAGGACGAAAUCUAUGAAAUGAUCGGGGAAGCAGACAUUGAUGGAGACGGACAGAUAAGCUUUGAAGAAUUUUCUCUGAUUUGCAAAAAGUGUGGCCUACUGGCUAAAGAGGCAGACUAG